AUAAAUACCCAUCAUCACCUUAUAACAUUUCAUCUCAUCCUAGGCAUUGCUACAAAUCUUACAUAUUUUUUCAUACUUUUAUUUUACCAAUUAAUUAACAAAAUGAGUUCAAUUAUUGGUAGCAAUGAAUCACAAAUCCAUCCAACUACUGAAGAAGAGGCCUCAUGUAUGGCAAUGUGUUUGGCUACAUGGUCAGUUCCUUCUAUGGUUUUCAAAACCGUGUUAGAGUUGAACGUCCUUGACAUCAUUUACUUCACCGGGCCCGAGGCCCAGCUGUCCGCGGAGGAGAUCGUGGCCAAAUUACCCGCCACGAACCCCCAUGCCGCGGUGGUGUUGGACCGUAUGCUACGGCUGUUGGCUAGCUUUACUAUCCUCACUUGUACUCAACAAGUUGGGGAUGAUGGACACCCUAAGAGGUUGUAUGGGCUUGGCCCGGUUUGCCAGUUUUUGGCUAAGAAUGAUGAUGAGGUUUCUUAUGCUGCCUUUGCUAAUCUUAUGCAUGAUAAGGUUAUCAUGGACACUUGGAAACAUUUGAAAGAUGCAGUGUUAGUAGGUGGAAGUCCAUUUAAAAACACAUAUGGUACGGGCAUAUUUGACUACCUAGGAACAGAUUCAAGAUUCUAUAAGGUUUUCUAUGAUGGCAUGGAUCAUCACUCCACCAUUGUUAUGAAGAAACUUCUAGAUACUUACCAAGGAUUUGAAGGUAUCUCGACAAUUGUUGAUGUUGGUGGUGCGACUGGUCUCACACUUAAGAUGAUUCUGGAUAAGUAUCCUUCAAUUAAGGCCAUUAAUUUUGAUCUGCCCCAUAUUAUUAAGGAUGCACCCUCUUACCCAGGUGUUGAACACGUUGGAGGGGAUAUGUAUGAAAGUGUUCCCAAGGGUGAUGCUAUUUUUAUGAAGUGGACUUUCCAAUCAGGAACCGAUGAACAAUGUGUGACGUUAUUGAAGAAUUGCCACGAAUCGUUACCAGAGGAUGGAAAAGUAAUAAUUUGCGAGUACGUCGUACCGGAAUCGCCGAAAACAAGCUACCAAGCUCAUACGGCCUUCAUUUGGGAUGCGAUCAUGUUGACAUUUCCAGGAGGAAAGUCAAGAACCAAAAAAGAAUAUGAGGCCUUAGGGAAAGAAGCUGGAUUUGAAGAUUUUCAAUUGGUUUGUUUUGCUUGUGAUACUUGGGUCAUGGAAUAUCUCAAAAAGAAGAGUGUCAAUUAAUUAAUAAAAUUUUAAGUUAAUGAUCAUGUGAUCGAAUCAAUCAGACCUUUAAUUAAUGUACUAGUAUUUGUGCUCGUGCGAUGCCUCAAUUUUAAUUCACGGGUAAUAAUUAAUUAAUUAUUCCCUUUAUGAAUAAAGAUCAUUGUUGGUUUUACUUUUUA